AUGGAGGAACCCACAUCUGUUGGUAAAUUCAACCCCUCACCAAGCGCUCAUUGUUGUACUAGUGGAAUCAGCGAGACCCAGGCAACCAGGGUGGAGCAACCGGUGCAUGCGACCGCGACCAUAGUACCCCAGUGUAGCGAUGCUUCAGAUAGCAGCAAAAGGUGCUAUAACAAUGGCAGGAAGAUGAAAAAUAAUGACUUGGCAACAGACAGGACAUCCUCAACAGAUCCCAUGUUCCAUGGGGGUCCUUUGCACGAAUUGCCUGCGCCUUGUAUCCCCUUGCGGCCAGAUACUGGCAUGACCAUAUCUCUAGAUGAAGGUCCACUUGAUACAAGUGCCGAAUCAUUGCGCACCGAAGCUGCCUCAUCUUCCAACAAGUCAGAAAAUGUUGAAAUGCAGGCACGGGACUCUUCCCCUCCGAAUCGUGUCUGCAAAGGAGGAGGACAAGAAACGACAUUAGACCUGGAGGAAAACAAAGAAAAGUGCCGCAGUGCCAUCUCCGCGCGCCGUGUGCAUCCGCUUACUUCAUGCGCCUCCUCCAUGUCCGUAAACAACAAAGGAGAGAACACUGCUUUGCCUGAAGCGCAGGAUGCACCAAGCGGAGCCGAGUCGAGCCCUAUGAACGGAGGAGUCUUACCUGCCUCAAGGGAAGACAAAGGGACUUCAGAGCGGCUGGAGGAGCUUUCGGUUCUUUCAUUUAACGCAGGGCUACUGGAGUAUAAACUGUGUGGCCUUCGGAUCUACCAGAAUCCCCCCUUCACCCAGCGCCGUCUCCACCAUAUCCCGGCGGCGCUGCUAUCCACUGGGGCCGACAUCAUUUGCCUUCAAGAGGUUUAUGGCGAGAACCACGCAGAUUUUAUCAUUGAGAACACCCGCCACAAGCUGCCCUUCGUUGGGCGCCGGACGUCUGGAGGCCGCUUCUCUCUCCACAAUGGCCUCAUGGUCUUGAGCAAGUAUCCAAUUGUCCACACUCAUUUUCACAGAUUCGAAAAUGUUACGUAUAUCGAGCGCUGUUUCGCUUCAAAGGGAAUGCUGGAGGUCGCCGUGGACGUGCCGUCGAUCGGUGUCAUCGCUGUUUUCAACAUUCAUUUGGCCAGUGGUGCGGUUGACCCGGAGUCUCGUUAUGUCGAGGACGUACGGGCGGCAGAGAUCCGCCAACUGUUGAAGGCGUGCGACGCUGCAGCAGAUAGAGGCCAUGUUCCUCUUGUCAUAGGCGACCUUAAUGCCGCUCCUCAUCUGUGCGCAUCGAACUACAAAUCCUUUGUCGAGAAGGGCUGGCGGGACUGCUGGCUGCAUGUCCAUGGACAUCAGUGGCAUUUACUGCAGCAUCAUUUGCUGCAUCAGCAGCAGCUGUUGGAGGCGCAGCAGCUAGACGACCAGGGCAUAGAGCUCCACGACCGCCACAUCAGGCGUGACUUCUUUGUUCGUGUUAGGAGGCAAAGACGCAUGCAAAUGCACGGCGGAUUAGGAUCAACAGAACUACAGCAGCCCCUGCAGCGUCCUUCGCGAGCAUUACAAGGAUCGUCAACCCCAGCAGCGAUUCACCGUCCCAAUCCGUAUGUCAGGAUGCCGCUCUCUCCCCACAGGGCCACUGUUGCUUCUGAUGCGGAUUGCAGCGAUAUGGAGAGGGAGCAGGAAAUACAACUCCUGGAGCACCAACAGGCACAAGAAGCUACAUCCUCAAGUGGAAAACGCGGAUGCACAAGUGAAUCACCCGAAUGUGUUAACAGCAGUCUGCGAAGAAAUAGCAACUUCUUUGUUGGUGCGAACAAAGAUUAUCUGUCUUGUCCUCAUGUUGAAGAUGGCGAGACUCCGAAGCGCAGCAAUAGCCUACGCCAGAGCGGUUCAGUGGAGUUGACUAGCCGCAUUUUCCACAAUGCCACUGUGAGUGUUGCUACACGACACUCUUUGCAGAGAAGCAACACGGUGCUCAUCGGUCGUCCAAAGCGGGAUAAGGAUGACAAUCAGCCCGUUAAAGGUAUACUCGGGGGAUUUUUGAGCAGGGCUGGGGGCAGUGUGCAGCAUCCUCUGGCGUUUGAACUGCCGGCUGCUGCGGCAUGGGCCCACCGCGAGUUCUUUUUAACAGCUAAGCGGCGGCUUAUCGAGCAGCAACGAAAGUGGCUGGGUGGAGGGGACAAGGCUCCAGUGUUGGACGUGCGGCUUUCGCUCUCUGCGCCGCAAAGUCAUCAGCAAGGCGUGGACGCCACUCCUCUUGCCAGUGACUGUUCUCUUGGAUCAUGCAGUACCGCACUUUCAGCGGCACAGAACGGCGACUCCACGCUUUUGAAUACUGCAGCGUGGGAAACUGGCGGCCGUGUUCAUGCUGUGCCAUGGUGCCAGUGGCAUAACGACGAAGCAGAUGACUGCGUGACUGAUUGGCUUCUGUCGGAUAUCGAUGAUGAGAACGAUUCGCGAGAAGAGAGCGAUGUCGUUAUAGCAAUUACACCCGAUGGUGACACGCCUGUUCCUUGUUCAAGAAGAGACUUCACUUGGGAUCCUGGAAACCCACUCAACACUAUCGGGCCACAUGCAGGGUGCCACGGGCUACGCUGUGACUAUAUCUUCUUGCCUCCGCACCAAUUUGCUGGCGGUCUAUACCCCUUUCUGCCCGUAGCCGCUGACAUUCUGAUGCGGGAUCCUCGUGUUCUUGUUGACGCCUGCUGCUUCGGCUGUUUCGGGGAGGUUAUGCUUGUAACACUUAGCGACCACUACGCCGUGCGUGUUACUCUCCGCCGCAGCACGGACAGGGACAUUGCUGAUUUUUGGGGCUCAUGUGCGGCAGAAGCAACGACUCGUAGGCCUCCUGCUGCCUAA